AUGGAUUGCAGGCCUCUGGAGGUAAUCAUCGACUCGGCCAACGACAUCAAGGAUGUCAACCUCUUCUCCAAGAUGGACGUCUACGCCGCCGUUUCGGUCGCCGGCGACCCGCGCAACAAGAAGCAGAAGAACAAAACCCCCGUCGUCAAGGACGGAGGCACCAACCCCAAGUGGACCAGCUACCCCAUCAGGUUCACCGUCGACGAAGCCGCCCUCCUCAACAACCGCCUCACCCUCAACAUCAAGCUCGUCUCCGAACGCACUUUGGGAGACACCAAGAUCGGCAAGGUCAAGAUCCCGCUCAAGGAGCUACUAGACACCAUGAGCGGCGGCGAUGAUCAGAAGAAGCAGAUCAAGCACGUCAGCUACGGCCUCCGAUCGUCGAGCGGAAGGCCCAAGGGGACCGUCAAUUUCGGGUACAAAUUCGGUGACAAGUUUUCGGUUCCGGUUCCAGUGCAGAGGAAAGUCCACGAGCCCGUGAUGGCAUACCCGACCGGACAGCCCGGGUCAAGCUCCGGGUACCCGCCCGCGGGUGCCUACCCACCUGCCCAAGCUUACCCAUACCCGCCACCGCCUCAUCAGCAACCGGGUUACGCGUACGCUCCACCGCCACAAGCCGGGUACGGAUACCCGCCUCAGCCGGGGUACGGAUACCCGCCGCAGCAAGUUGUGCACCCGCAGAAGCCUAAGAGGGGCGGAGGAGGGAACAUGGCGAUGGGUGUGGGAGCUGGGUUGCUGGGUGGAUUGUUGAUCGGGGAUAUGAUUGGGGAUGUCGGUGAGAUGGGCGCUUACGAUGCUGGGUACGAUGCUGGGGUCGGUGAUGACUUUGGUGGUGGCUUUGAUUUCUAG